AUGAGCGGCGCGCAGGAGGAGCGAGGAGUCCGGGCGCGGAGCGGGAACGGCCGCGGAACCGGGGGGGACACGGCGGCACCGAGAGCGGCGGGGCCGGGCAGGGAGCGGCCAGCGGGCAUCGCAGCUGCGGGCGAGUGUCUGAGUGUCCGUCUGUCCGAGUGUCCGAGUGCCCGUGCGUCCGUGUGCCCGACUCUCCGUGUGUCCGAGUGUCCGUGUGUCCGUGUGUCCGAGUGUCCGGCGGUGCCCCCUCCCCGCAGCCCCGUCCCGGCUCGGGCUCCAUCCCCCGCCGCUCCCGGAGCGCUGUUCCAGCUGCCCAAACUCUCUUUGCCCGCUCUCCCAAUAAAGUUCCGGGUCCUGCGCAAGGCAGCGAUGAUCGCCCGUGGCCGCUCCGGACUCUGCCUCGCUCUCUGCACCUUUGGGCUGGCGCUGCUGGGGGAUGUGUCCCGGGCUGUCCCCAUGGACGAUCAGGAUUAUUACCUGCAGGAAAUCACCAACAGGGAUCAUUAUUACUCCUUUCCAUACCCCGGGGAAGAGUUCUUUCCUUUCACGGAGCAGCCCAGAGAGGAAGGACCUAUCCGUGCUGCUGAGAGAGAGGAGCAGCCAGGGUUCAAACCGAGCAGGAAGGAGUUAAAACAGAAGAAAAACAACAAAAAAGGAAAACCCAUUCUUGAACCGCCACCAGAUUGCCCUCCACUUGGUCUGGAGACAUUAAAAAUUACUGACUUCCAGCUCCAUGCCUCCACAGCCAAGCGCUACGGCCUCGGGGCCCACCGAGGGAGGCUCAACAUCCAGGCAGGUGUUAACGAAAAUGAUUUUUAUGAUGGUGCUUGGUGUGCAGGAAGAAAUGACCCCUACCAGUGGAUUGAAGUAGAUGCUCGAAGGCUGACUAAAUUCACUGGAGUCAUCACCCAGGGAAGAAACUCCCUCUGGUCGAGUAACUGGGUGACCUCUUACAGAGUGUUAGUGAGCAAUGACAGCCACGCGUGGACUGCUGUCAGGAACGAAUCUGGAGACGUGAUUUUUGAAGGGAACAGUGAGAAGGAGAUCCCAGUGCUGAACAUGCUGCCGGUGCCGCUGGUGGCGCGUUACAUCCGCAUCAACCCCCGCUCCUGGUUCCAGGAGGGCAGCAUCUGCAUGAGGCUGGAAAUCCUGGGCUGCCCCUUGCCAGACCCAAACAAUUAUUACCACAGAAGAAAUGAAAUGACAACCACUGAUAAUCUGGACUUUAAGCAUCACAACUACAAGGAGAUGAGGCAGCUGAUGAAAACUGUGAAUAAAAUGUGCCCAAAUAUCACAAGAAUUUACAAUAUUGGAAAAAGCCACCAAGGACUGAAGCUGUAUGCAGUGGAGAUUUCUGACAACCCAGGAGAACACGAAGUUGGGGAGCCAGAAUUCCACUACAUUGCAGGAGCUCAUGGGAAUGAAGUGCUUGGACGAGAGCUGAUCCUUCUGCUCAUGCAGUUCAUGUGCCAGGAAUACCUGGCUGGGAACCCACGCAUUGUACACCUCAUCCAGGACACCAGAAUCCACCUGCUGCCCUCAGUGAACCCUGAUGGAUAUGACAAGGCCUAUAAAGCGGGUUCAGAAUUGGGGGGCUGGUCUCUAGGACGAUGGACUCAGGACGGCAUUGACAUCAACAAUAACUUCCCUGACCUAAACUCUCUGCUCUGGGAGUCAGAGGAUCAGAAGAAGAGUAAAAGAAAAGUUCCAAACCAUCACAUCCCGAUCCCUGACUGGUACCUGUCUGAAAAUGCCACUGUGGCGGUGGAGACGCGGGCGAUCAUCGCCUGGAUGGAAAAAAUCCCUUUUGUGCUGGGUGGCAACUUGCAGGGGGGAGAGCUGGUGGUGGCCUAUCCCUAUGACAUGGUGAGGUCCAUGUGGAAAACCCAGGACUAUACUCCCACCCCUGACGACCACGUGUUCCGCUGGCUGGCCUACUCCUACGCCUCCACGCACCGCCUGAUGACAGAUGCCAGGAGGAGAGCCUGCCACACCGAGGACUUCCAGAAGGAGGAUGGCACUGUCAACGGAGCCUCGUGGCACACUGUGGCUGGAAGCAUCAAUGACUUCAGCUACCUGCACACAAACUGCUUUGAGCUCUCCAUCUAUGUUGGCUGUGACAAAUACCCCCAUGAGAGCGAGCUGCCAGAGGAGUGGGAAAACAACCGCGAGUCCCUGAUUGUUUUUAUGGAACAGGUCCAUCGUGGCAUCAAAGGCAUUGUGAAAGAUGUGCAUGGGAAAGGAAUCCCAAAUGCUGUUAUUUCAGUGGAAGGUGUUAACCACGACAUUCGCACAGGAGCUGAUGGGGAUUACUGGCGCCUCCUGAACCCGGGCGAGUACGUGGUGGGCGUCAAGGCCGAGGGCUACACCGGUGCCACCAAGACCUGCGAGGUGGGCUACGACAUGGGGGCCACCCAGUGCGACUUCACCAUCUCCAAGACCAACCUGGCGAGGAUCAAGGAGAUCAUGAGGAAGUUUGGGAAGCAGCCCCUGAGCCUGGCGGCGCGCCGGCUGCGGCAGCGGGCGCGGCGGUGGCAGCGGCGGUAG